CCACAACCUUCUUAACGAAUCUGUGGAUCUCUCGAUUCUAUUACCUGGUGAUUUCCCCUAAUCCCAUCACUUUUUUUCAUUAAUCGAUUCAUUUUAGAACUCAAAAGUCUCCACCUUUCUUCUCUUUUUCGAAGUUCCCAUGGCUUCUGAAACUGAAGCUCCUCCGGUUUCUUCUUUGUUUGAAAGAGUGUUAAGGCACAGAGAGCUCUAUUUGUUUCUACCCUUCGUCUUGAGAUCCUCCGACAACGACAACGACGACGUUUCAAGACAAAGCACCGAAAACCCAGAUCAAGAAACAGCGCCACAACGUGAAAGAACAAUCCUUGUCAACCCGUUUACUCAGGGCAUGGUGGUGAUCGAGGGAGCUUCAAAUUUGGAAGCUUUGGUACGCGGGUGGGCUAACAAAGACGGUCACCCGCCUGCUUCCAAGGCAUCGAUAGAAGCCAUGCCGAGCGUUGACAUCGGUGAAGAUGAAGAUGGAGAGUGCGUGGUUUGCUUGGAGCAGUGGAAGUCAAAGGAGGUUGCAAAGGGGAUGCCUUGCAAGCACAAGUUUCACGGUGAGUGUAUAGAGAAAUGGCUUGAAAUUCAUGGCUCUUGCCCUGUUUGCCGGUACAAGAUGCCUGUCCAUGAUGAAGAGAAUGGCAAGAAGAGAGGCGAGGAGAGGGAGAUUUGGGUUAGAUUUUCUUUCAAUAACGGUCCUUCAACUGGUUUUGGCAAUGAAAAUGAAACCCAGAAUUAGAAGAAUCGCGAAAGAAUUUGUUUGUUCUUAUUUGAAAACCAUGUACAUAUUGAUGAUUAUAAAUAAAUUUCGAACUUUUGAGGCUA